AGUGGAAGCAGAGAAGAAUAUAGCUUGAAACUGACUGGAAAACUACCAAAAGAACAGAACACGAGGAACAGUUUAGAGGAACUGAUUUUUUUAUACAUCUUUUCUUUUUUUUUUAAUUGAGGGGAUGGCCUCUUUCCCAGAAUUCGUGAAUGACUCGUCUUUCCACGAUGGCCCUGGUGCAAAGGUGUCCCUGCCUUGGGCAGGAUUCAUCACGCUGUCCCUCCUCAUGGCCGUGUUCUCCAUCACAGCUGUCGUGUUGAACGUUACAGUGAUAGUCAUCACCCUCCGUCACAAACAGCUGCAGCAACCACUGAAUUUUGCAUUGGUCAACCUCGCUGUGGCCGACCUGGGCAUCACAUUAACAGGAAGUGUGCCAUCUGUGGUGACCAAUGCUUUAGGCUACUACAUUUUGGGACGGGUCGGAUGUGUACUGGAGGGAUUUUGCGUUGCAUUAUUUGGUAUAACAGCGCUUUGCACAGUGGCCCUGAUUGCUGUUGAGCGGCUGUUUGUAGUGUGCAAGCCUCUGGGCACCAUCAAAUUCCAGACCAAGCAUGCCGCAGGAGGGCUGUUGUUAUCCUGGCUCUGGUCUCUGGUCUGGAAUAGCUCGCCUCUCUUUGGCUGGGGAAGCUACCAGCUGGAGGGAGCCGGCACAUCCUGUGGACCUGACUGGCAGAGUCGAGAUCUCAAGAAUGUGUCUUACAUCAUCUGUUACUUCUCACUCUGUUUCGCUGUGCCAUUCUUCAUCAUUGUGGUGUCAUAUUCAUGGCUGCUCUACACGCUAAGACAAGUAGCUAAGGUAGGUGGAUGUGUGGCUGCGAGGGCAGAGUCCAAGGUGACGUGGAUGGUGGUGAUGAUGGUGUUUGCGUUCCUCAUGAACUGGCUGCCAUAUGCCACUCUGACUCUAACGGUCGUCUCCAACCCUGAUGUUCAGUUGCCCGUGCUGGUGAAGGUGGUGCCCAUAUACAUGGCCAAAAGCAGCACUAUUUACAACCCACUGAUCUACAUAUACAUGAACAAACAGUUCCAGAAGUAUGCAAUACCUCUUCUGAUGUGUGGAAGAGAUCCCUGGCCUUCAGAGGAUGAUGUAUCUGAUGUUCAGACCGUCGUGUCACCAUUGAACAACAAUAUCAGCCCAGAGUGACUUACUGUACGUUUCACUACAGUCAUGUUAAAGCAUGAAGAAUGUGUUUUUCUGCUAAAACUGAGAUGGUUUGAUGAAUGCAGUUUUCUUUGCUGUAUGUGUUUCCUAUUGAAGCUGAGAUGGGACAUAUAGCAUGGCCUUUUUAAGGCCAACAGCCUUUCAUUCACAUCCCAUCUGUGUUUCACUGCUUGCUAAAGCUGUUCAGAACUAGCUGGUUUUGGGAGAGGGACAUUCUUAUUCUAGACAGCAUUUGAAUAGAAAAAUAUGUAUACCUUUCUGAAUGAAAGACAAGCAAGACAGUAAUUUUCUCACAAGGAAAAACAGUGCAUUUUAUGCUCGUGUCAAAUUUUAGAUCGUAUACUAACUUAUACUGUAUUAUGCAUAUACUGCAGAUACUGUACAUGUAAAGCCACAAAACUUUGCUAAUACCUUUAUUUGGCAACAGUUCAUUAAACUGAUCAAAAGUGACAGUAAAGACAGCAAAUUUGGUGUUUCUUCAGCACCAGAUUAGAAUGAUUUCUGAAGGCUCAUACUAGAGAAAUGCCUGCUAAAAAUUCAGCUUUGAAUCAAAAGA